AUGUCUGGCGUCAACAGCUGGCUGCAACGGCAGCGCAAGGGCGACCUGGCCGAGCUCGCCUCUCACGUUGGCCUGAAGAACUAUGAAGCAUUCAAGAAGCCUGAGCUGGAGCUCGCGCUGGACGAGUAUCUCGGAGAGAACUCAACUCAGUUCGCGUCCGAUCCCAAGCUCGCGCCCUACUACUCGAGUCGCGCCAGGACCAUUGGCUCCCCAGUCAAGAGGGACUCGUCCUCUUACGCCGACGCACCCGUCGAGAAGCUCAAGGUGACGAAGCGUCGCGUCAUCAAGGCCAUCGAGGAUGUUGCUCCCGCCCCUGCCCCCGAAUCGGAAGAUGAGCCUGCUGCUACUGCCGGCACCUCGACCGCCCUCGUCCAGACCCCUGGCCGCGCGCUCUCCCUCGCCAGCCGCAUCCCUCUGCCGGCCACUCCUGCCGAUGUCGCGAAUGCCGUCGACCGCGGCACCCAGGUCGUGAAGACUCGCGUCGCGUCUAUCUACCAGGAGUCUGGCAUCACCGAGGCCACCCACGCGACGAGGGAAAGCCUGUCCACCGUCACAUCCAUCCUCUUCGUCAUCUCGGCUUUCGAGCUGUGGUUCCUGCGCCCCGAGGUCCUCCCCGACCGCUACGCCUUCACCAUCCCGGCCAUCAGCUUCCUCGGCACCAACGACUACCCCGUCCUGGUCCCCGACCUGUUCCUGCUGCUCACCUCGUCUUUCUGGUCGCCCACUCUUCUCUGGCUCUUCACCAGCACGCUUCUGCCUACUGCCGUUGGAUACUUCUUCAACCUCUCCGUUGCCCACCAGUCUGGCCGCCGCACUCGUGCCUCCCAGCAGUCGCCUGAAUACGUCGUGGAUCCCCUCACCUUCAGCAUUGUCAAAGCGCUUAUCUCGUUCGUUGUCUACGGACAAAAGGUCACCUUUGGGGGCUGGAUCGAUGAGGAAUCCAUCGCUCGUAUCAGCAGCGCCGUCUAUGGUGGUUACAAGGGCAUUUUGGUUGGCACUGCCAUCACCGGCCUCACCAGCAUCUACGACGCUGUUCUCAGGAAGUAG